CAAAAUCUGUUCGUACGGAAGUAUGUGCAACAAGAAAUAAAACAGGCCAAUUAAUAUAAGACGUUGUCUGUGGUUUAGUUUCAGUGCUUAGCUUUUCAAGGUCAUGUAAUUUUUUUCUUCUUGUCACUUUCAAAUCUAGCUUUAAACAGAACUUACUAUAUUUCUUCAGUUAGAAAUAUACUUGUUGGAAUCUAAACAAUUCGCAGAUAUGAAAAGCAUUCUUAAGAAUAGAUGUGCAAAUAUUCAGAGAAGUAACAGUUUGGAUACAAAACAUCAAACUAAUGAAUCAGUUGACGAAGAAGAUGAUAAUGAUCGAAUUGAAGCUGAAAAAUCAAAAAAGAAACGUGCUUUUAUUCGUGAUGAAAAUGGAGUUUGUAGACCAGGUGAAUUAGAUGAAGAUACAAAUAUGAGUAAAAAUCAUGAAUCACGAUCGUCUGUUGUAGAUCGUACAGCUGCAGAACGAAUUUCAUGUCGUUUGGUUCAACAGCGUAGUUUAGAUUUUGGAUUGUAUCGUAAACUGAAUAAUUUCAACAUUGAUUCAAACAGCAGUUCUACUCAAUCUGGUAGUGGAAUUUCGGAGAAUGAUGAUAAUUUCAAUGAGAUUAGGAAAUUGAAAAAGGAUGAUAACGAGUACCAUGAAUACUACGAUGAUAAUGAUAAUAAUGAUGGUGGUGAUAUUCAACUUGAACAAUCACUCUAUAAUAUAGAUAUGGAAAAUGAAGAAAGAGGAGAAGAAGAAGGAGAACAAGAAGACAGUAUUACUGUCCAAAAUGAUGAAUUUUAUACAAAUCCUAAAAUUAAAGAACUUGGCAAAGAAUUCACAUUAAAAGAUAUUUUGGGUCAUCGUGUACCGGAACUAGAAAUUGACAAUAUAAAGGAUGAUGAAGAUAUGGGACAUAAUGAAUGAAGGAUUUAAUCCACCCCCUCCACAUAUAUAUACACACACAGUCAUCAGUUAGUAUGAUAUUAUCCAAAGAGAAGAAGCAUUUCCAUAGAAAGAAAACUUCACCCAUUUCAUCAAUUUACUUCUAAAGUGAACGCAUUUACAUUGUUCAACCUUUCUCUUUCUCUUUUUUAAUUUUAUUUACCAUGUUAAUUCACAAACUCAUAAUUCCUAAUUCCUCUUAGAUGAUCCUUUUUAUGAAAGUACGACCACAUAGACAGCGAGAGAGAGAGCGAGAGAAAAAGAAUAAAUUAUCAUCACUGAAUUGAAUGAUGAAAUAGCUCUCCAUCAAGUUUUUCUCUCUUCUUUUCAUGCUCAUUAUUGUUAUGUGAUUUGGUAGUUUGUCUCCUGUUUUCUUCUGGGUUCUUUUUCUUCGCCCACUUCGAAUUAUUGGUAGUUCAUUGAAUAGAUUCAAAAGGUCUGCUUCUAUUUGAAUUUCUAGCAUUUAACUAAAGAGAUAUGAUUGUUAGGAUACGUUUGUCUGGAUAUUUUCUUAAUUGAAUGUGGUCAAUAAAACGAAACAUAACAUGAUGAUCAUUGAAAUAGUAACUGAUUCAUUUAGUUAAGUAUUUGUAUUCUAGUUUGUAUACAUAAUGUGAAGAAAGAACGUGUUGAAUUGUACAAUAGAUCUAAUAUUGUUUUGUUUUCUUAUAUAUUUAUUUGAUGCUAAUA